GGCCCGGGCCGGGCCAUGGCCGAGUUCCUGCCCCCGCCCGAGUGCCCGGUGUUCGAGCCCAGCUGGGAGGAGUUCGCCGACCCCUUCGCCUUCAUCCACAAGAUCCGGCCCAUCGCCGAGCAGACCGGCAUCUGCAAGGUGCGGCCGCCGCCGGACUGGCAGCCUCCAUUUGCGUGUGAUGUUGAUAAACUUCACUUCACGCCGAGGAUCCAGCGGCUCAAUGAGUUGGAGGCCCAAACCCGCGUGAAGCUGAAUUUCCUGGACCAGAUUGCGAAGUUCUGGGAGCUGCAGGGCUGCACGCUGAAAAUCCCCCACGUGGAGAGGAAGAUCUUGGAUUUAUUUCAGCUUAACAGGCUAGUUGCAGAAGAAGGAGGGUUUGAUGUCGUUUGCAAAGAGAGGAAAUGGACCAAAAUAGCCACAAGGAUGGGAUUUGCUCCUGGCAAGGCUGUGGGUUCGCACAUCCGCGCGCACUACGAGCGAAUUCUCUAUCCUUACAACUUAUUCCAGUCUGGAGCAAGCCUGCUGUGUCUGCAGAAGCCGGAUCUCACCAGCGACACCAAGGACAAGGAGUACAAACCCCACGACAUCCCGCAGAGGCAGUCGGUGCCGCCGUCCGAGAGCUGCCCUCCUGCUCGCCGAGCGAAGCGCCUGCGGGCCGAGGCGACCAACAUUAAAACUGAGUCUGAUUCUCCAGAGGCAAGAACGCAUAAUCUGAGACGCAGGAUGGGAUGUGCGCCUCCAAAGUGUGAGAAUGAAAAGGAAACGUACAGCACAGUGAAACUUACUGAGAAGAGAGAGCAUGCUGGGGAGCAGGAGAAGGACAAAUCCAAAGCCCGAUCCAAAAAACCCACCAGUGCUGUGGAUUUGUAUGUGUGUCUCUUAUGUGGCAGUGGUAACGAUGAGGACCGCCUCCUGCUGUGCGAUGGCUGUGAUGACAGUUACCAUACCUUCUGCUUAAUUCCACCCCUUCACGAUGUUCCCAAAGGGGACUGGAGGUGCCCCCAGUGUUUGGCUCAGGAGUGCAAUAAGCCUCAAGAAGCGUUUGGCUUCGAGCAGGCAGCCCGGGACUACACGCUGCGCACGUUUGGGGAGAUGGCAGAUGCCUUCAAGUCCGACUACUUUAACAUGCCAGUCCACAUGGUCCCCACCGAGCUGGUGGAGAAGGAAUUCUGGAGACUCGUCAGCACCAUUGAGGAGGACGUCACCGUGGAGUAUGGGGCUGACAUCGCUUCCAAGGAGUUCGGCAGCGGGUUCCCAGUUAGAGAUGGGAAAUUCAAAGUGAGACCAGAAGAGGAGGAAUACCUUGACAGUGGCUGGAAUUUAAACAACAUGCCUGUGAUGGAGCAGUCUGUUCUUGCCCACAUCACCGCAGAUAUAUGUGGGAUGAAACUGCCCUGGCUGUAUGUGGGAAUGUGCUUCUCUUCCUUCUGUUGGCACAUUGAGGACCACUGGAGCUACUCCAUCAACUACCUGCACUGGGGAGAACCAAAGACGUGGUAUGGAGCCCCGGGGUAUGCAGCAGAACAGCUGGAGGACGUGAUGAAGAAGCUUGCUCCAGAGCUGUUCGAGUCUCAGCCAGACCUCUUGCACCAACUUGUCACCAUAAUGAACCCAAAUACUUUGAUGGCCCACGGAGUGCCUGUUUAUCGGACCAAUCAGUGUGCUGGAGAGUUUGUGAUCACCUUUCCAAGAGCUUAUCACAGCGGCUUCAAUCAGGGUUUUAAUUUUGCUGAAGCUGUGAACUUCUGCACUGUGGAUUGGUUGCCGCUGGGCCGCCAGUGCAUAGAGCAUUACCGCCUGCUGAGCCGCUACUGCGUGUUCUCUCACGAUGAGAUGAUUUGUAAGAUGGCCUCCAAGGCCGACGUCCUGGAUGUGGUGGUGGCAUCUACUGUUCAGAAGGACAUGGCCAUCAUGAUCGACGACGAGAAGAUGCUGCGCGACAAGGUUCAGAAACUGGGGGUGACGGAUUGCGAGAGGGUGGCGUUCGAGCUGUUCCCCGACGACGAGCGGCAGUGCUAUAAGUGCAAAACCACUUGUUUCAUGUCUGCCGUUUACUGCCCGUGUAAACCAGGGCUGCUGGUGUGCUUGUACCACGUGGAGGAUCUUUGUUCCUGCCCUGCCUACCAAUACAAACUGGGGUACCGCUACACGCUGGAGGAGCUCUACCCAAUGAUGAACGCUCUGAAGAUGCGUGCAGAGUCAUACAAUGAAUGGGCUUCCAAUGUGAACGAAGCCCUGGAAGCAAAGAUCAGCAAUAAGAGAAGCCUCAUCAGUUUUAAGGCUCUGAUAGAAGAAUCAGAAGUGAAGAAGUUCCCGGACAACGACCUGCUGCGGCACCUCCGCUUGGUCACACAGGAUGCAGACAAAUGUGCCUCAGUAGCACAGCAGCUCCUUAAUGGCAAAAGACAAACCAGGUACCGCUCCGGAGGAGGGAAAUGCCCCAACCAGCUGACGGUGAAUGAGCUGCGGCUGUUUGUCAGGCAGCUCUACGCCCUCCCCUGCCUGCUCAGCCAGACGCCGCUGCUGAAGGACCUUCUUGAUCGCGUGGAAGCUUUUCAACAGCAAAGCCAAAAACUGCUCUCAGAAGAAAUGCCGAGUGCUGCGGAGCUGCAGGAGCUCCUGGACGUCAGCUUUGACUUCGAUGUGGAUUUACCCCAGCUUGCUGAGCUGCGGGUCAGGCUGGAGCAGGCCCGCUGGCUGGAGGACGUGCAGAUGGCUUCGUCAGAGCAGAACUCUCUCACUCUGGAUGACAUGAGGCGCCUCAUCGACUCCGGUGUCGGCCUGGCUCCCUACCCAGCAGUUGAGAAGGCCAUGGCAAAGCUGCAGGAGCUGCUGACUGUGUCCGAGCACUGGGAUGACAAAGCCAGAAACCUGAUAAAGGCCAGGCCACGGCAGUCGCUCAGCAGCCUCGCGGUGGCAGUGAAGGAGAUAGAGGAGAUCCCUGCCUACCUCCCCAGCGGCGCGGCGCUGAAGGACGCGGUUCAGAAGGCGCAGGACUGGCUGCAGGAGGUGGAAGCUUUGCAGGUUGGAGGACGUGUGCCCGUCCUGGACACGCUGGUGGAGCUGGUGACGAGGGGCCGCUCGAUCCCGGUGCAUCUGGACUACCUGCCACGGCUCGAGUCCUUGGUGGCGGAGGUGCAGGCGUGGAAGGAGUGUGCAGCCAACACGUUCCUGUGUGAGAACUCCCCGUAUUCCCUUCUGGAGGUGCUGUGUCCCCGCUGCGACAUUGGGACGCUGAGUCUGAAGAGAAAGCAGAAGAAGCUGAAGGAGCCGAUGCCGAGCGCGAAGAAGAAGAGCACCAAGCUGGAGAGCCUGAGUGACUUAGAGAGAGCUCUGUGUGAGAGCAAAGACACCGCGUCGGCGAUGGCGACGCUCGGGGAGGCGCGGCUCAAAGAGAUGGAGGCGCUGCGCUCCCUGCGGGCGGCCAACGAGGGGAAGGUGCUGCUGUGCGGCGAGGAGGACGCGGAGCUGAAGGUCUGCGUGUGCCAGAAGGAGCCGGCAGCUCCCAUGAUCCAGUGUGAGCUCUGCAGGGGGUUCUUCCACACCGGCUGCGUUUCCGCACCCCACGCCUCGCAGGCUCCACGCGUGUGGCUCUGCCCGCUCUGCCGCCGCUCGGAAAAGCCGCCCUUGGAGAAGAUCCUUCCUCUGCUGGCCUCCCUGCAGCGCAUCCGCGUGCGGCUCCCCGAGGGGGAUGCCCUGCGGUACAUGAUAGAGAGAACUGUGAACUGGCAGCACAGAGCACAACAAAUGCUGUAUUCAGGGAAUCUCAAACUUCUACAGGACAAAGUUGGCUCAGGAUUGCUGUACAGCCGGUGGCAGAGCGCGGCGGGGCAGCUGCCGGAGACAAACAAGGUGUCUCAAACAAUCGGAGCUAUGUCAUUCUCCAUGCCUCAUGACUGGGAUAACAGAACCAUAUAUUUACAUUCUCCAUUUUCUACAGGACAGCAAUGCAUCCCACUUCAUGUCGUUAGCACCGAGCUGGACGAGCUGAUGAUGGAAGCGCAGCUGCUGCAGGUUUCUCUGCCUGAAAUACAGGAGCUGUACCAGAUCCUAUUCACAAAGCAAAGCCCCGCUCUGCAGGCUGAGCAGAAAGCAUCGGGAGGGCCGAGCAAUGAAAAGAACGAGUGCUGCCGGGGCAAAAAGGAUGGAAUGAGUUACAUGGAGAGAAAAAUGAAGCGCCGUUUCGAGAGAGAGAGCUUCUGCGAGGAGAAGAGAGCAAGGGUAAGAAAAAUGAGAACGCCCAAAAAGAAGAAACUGAAACUGAGUCACACAAAGGAUCUGAGCAGCAGCAGCAGCAGGAUGGAGAGGGAGAGGGAGCGGCUCCUGGAGGUGCAGCGCAGCAGCGAAAGCCAUUUGGUUCCCUCCGACACGUCGUUCUCUGAGCAGGAGGACUCUGAGGAUGAAGAUGCCAUCUGCCCUGCAGAGACGUGUCUGCAGCCCGAGGGAGAGGAGGUGGACUGGGUCCAGUGCGAUGGCAGCUGCAACCAGUGGUUCCACCAGGUGUGCGUGGGCAUCUCCCCCGAAAUGGCCGAGAAGGAGGAUUACAUCUGUGCCAGCUGCGCCGGGAGGGGCUCCCCGUACCGCAAGUGAAAGUGCCCACAGAGCCUUCGGGACUCGAGCAGGGAGAGCUGCGGAGUUUUCCAUUGGGGCUGCAGGGGCUGUUUGGAGAACCAGGCUGCAAUUGGUGCUACUUCUAUCCUCACGGGAUCAUUUUCCAGAACUCGAAACAAUUUUUGACACUUUUUGUAUUCUCCCUUUGAUCUUUGUGGUUGUGGAGGUUUGCGAAGCUGGCUGUCGGAGCGGGGGGGUCUCGGCCGACUCGAAGGCAUUGCUGGGGCCGUGGGGCCGUGCUCCUAUGCUCCUGUCCCUGCACAGCAUCACCGUACCUCUGGGAUUUGCAGCGCUUUGAAUCCUGCGUGGAGCACGGAGCCCCACAGCGCGGGCUGUUCCAGGCAGUCCUCGUUGGAGAUCCCUGUUUACUCUGUUAUCAACUCUUUGGAGACUUUUAGGUUUGGGGUUUUUUUUUGUUUUGUUUUGUUUUUGUUUUGUUUUUUUUUCUGUUUUUUCCCACUUUGUUUUUGGUAGAUUUAGGUUUAUUUAUCUGAGCAAUAACUUCUAUGUCUGGUUUCAGCGACUGGAAUGGCAGCUGGGGACGGCGUGUUGCUUUUAGCAUUGGUUGAUGUACAGAAAGCAGGUGGUAGAUCCUAGUGUGACUGAGGGGCCGUGAUGUAGAAGACAAAAAAAAAAAAAGAAAAAACAAACAAAAAAAGCUCUGUAAAGUAAUUGCCACAGCUGUAUUUUGGCUUUCUCCUUUUUUGGGUAGCUUGUAUCAAACGUUGCAGUUUAUAUUGUGGAAUAAACCCCUGGUUAUGUUAUAAAAUUAAA